AUGACAGGAGAGAAUCAAACUGUCAUCACAGAGUUCCUUCUUCUGGGACUGCCCAUCAAGUCUGAGCAGAAAAACCUGGUCUAUGCCCUGUUCCUGGCCAUGUAUGUUACCACCGUUCUGGGCAACCUCCUCAUCAUCAUGCUCAUUCACCUGGACUCCCACCUCCACACGCCCAUGUACUUCUUUCUCAGCAAUUUGUCCUUCUCUGACCUCUGCUUUUCCUCUGUCACAAUGCCCAAGUUGCUGCAGAACAUGAAGAGCCAAGUUCCGUCCAUCCCCUACUCAGGCUGCCUGGCCCAAAUGUACUUCUUCCUGUUUUUUGGAGACCUGGAGAGCUUUCUUCUGGUGGCCAUGGCCUAUGACCGCUACGUGGCCAUCUGCUUCCCCCUGCACUACACCACCAUCAUGAGCCCCAGGGUCUGUCUCUCCCUGGUGGCGCUGUCCUGGGUGCUGACCACGUUGCAUGCCUUGUUACACACUCUGCUCACGGCCAGGUUGUGUUUUUGUGCCGACAAUGUGAUCCCACAUUUUUUCUGUGACUUGUCUGCUCUGCUGAGGCUGUCCUGCUCUGACAUCCAAAUUAAUGAGUGGGUGAUAUUUACCAUCGGAGGGCUCAUUGUCAUUAUCCCGUUCCUACUUAUCAUCAUGUCCUAUGCACGGAUUGUGUUGUCUGUCCUCAAGGUCCCUUCUGCUAGAGGUAUCCGCAAGGCCUUCUCCACCUGUGGCUCCCACCUGUUUGUGGUGUCACUGUUUUUUGGGACAAUUAUUGCUCUCUAUUUAUGCCCAUCAGCUGAUAAUUCCACUGUUAAGGAGACGGUCAUGGCUGUGAUGUACACUGUGGUGACACCCAUGCUGAACCCCUUCAUCUACAGCCUGAGGAACAGAGAUAUGAAGGGAGCCCUGGGAAGAGUCUUUUGUAAAAAGAUAUUUUCUUGUUAUCUAUGA